AUGGUCCCCAAACUUUCUGGAUUACACCAACAGCAGAACCUCUUAAAAGUUCACAACAACUCAAACGCUGUAAUUCUUAGUACAGAAAUUCUAUCGACAGGUUGGUAUGCAGGAAAAGAUCGGCCAAUGAUGGUCCUGAAUUGCCUCUUCCGAUCAGGUAGUGCAGCGAUUCUAAUCACCAACAAAAAAUCCGCUAAUAAGAUAUCCAAAUACAGAUUAGUCCACACUCUACGAACACAAGGUGCGUUCGAUGACAUAGCUUAUAACGCCGCACUCGGUAAAGAAGACUUGCAAGGCAUCACCGGGUUUACUUUCAAAAAGGAUGCAGUAGUACAUGCGUUUGGAGAAUUACUCCGAUCUCACUUGCAUGUUCUUGGUUCUUCUAUUCUUCCAUUAGAAGAGAAAAUCCGAUAUGGGAUUUCCGUGAUUAGAAAGAGAUUCCUCGACAAAUCGACACAACUUUACGUACCAAACUUCAGGAAAGUGAUACAACAUUACUGCUUGCCGACAUCUGGGAAGGCCAUAGCAGUGGGGAUAGGGAGAGAGAUGAAGUUAAAAGAGGAGGAAAUGGAGGUUGCACUGAUGACGUUACAUAGGUUUGGGAACCAGUCCUCUUCUUCGUUGUGGUAUGAAUUAGCGUACAUGGAAGCGAAAGAGAGAGUGAAGGAAGGGGAAAGAGUUUUGCAGCUGGGGAUUGGGACCGGGCCCAAGUGUACCAGUUUGAUAUGGGAAUGUAAUAGGCUCAUUAUCGGAGAGGCACAGCAAGGCCCAUGGGCCGACUGUGUCAAUAGUUAUCCAGCAUCCAGUCUUUUGGUUCAUGUGGUUUCCAAAAGUUGGACGCAUGGUCCACAGUGGCAGAUCCAGCGCAGAAGUCAAGUAGGGUGCACAUUGACCGUUGACCGGAAGUCAACUGGCGUAUCCAUUGUCCCUGUUAUUCUAUUAAUCAUUAAUUUACAUUGGUGGCAAAAGAGAUUGUUCAGGUACUCCUUCCAGCCGUUCGGAAGAGUGGUGGAUAUUUACAUUGGUGGCAAAAGAGAUUGUUCAGGUUCAAUAUUUGCUUUUGUUAGAUUUGAAGAUAUACAUGAUGCAAAAGUAUUGGAGAAAGAAAUGAGUAAAUUUAGAUGUGGGCAUUGCAUUCUUAGAGUCAAUAUAGCACAUUAUCAAAAGCAACAUGGCUCCAUUGGAGUCAAAGCUAAUACCAGUUAUACUACAACUCCAACAAAGACACAUCUGGGGACAUGA